CACCACAGGGCAGUGCCUGUGCCUCGAGGGCUACGCAGGGCUGAGGUGUGAGAGCUGUGCCCUGGGCUUCUACCCAGAGCAGGGCAGCCCACGGUGCCAGCCCUGUGCCUGCAGCCCCAGCGGCUCCAGCAGUGCCCAGUGUGACCCCUCUGGGAAGUGCCAGUGUAAAGUUGGUGUCAGGGGCCUGAAGUGUGAUGAGUGCAGCAAUGGGUACUACAGGUUUAACGACUCCACCUGCAUUCCCUGCCAGUGCCACAACCACUCCCACACCUGCGACAGCCUCACAGGCACCUGCCUGAACUGCCAGGACCACACCGAGGGGAAGCACUGUGAGCUGUGCAAGGAGGGAUUUUACCACGGUGCCAGCCCUGCCCACGUCUGCCAGCGCUGCCCCUGCUCCACCGUGGCAUCCACCGGCACCUGCCGCCUCCAGCCUGGCGAGACCGUCCCGAGGUGCGACCGCUGCAACACAGGGUACACUGGUCUCAACUGCAACCAGUGUGACAAGGGCUACUACAACUCUGACAGCAUCUGUGUGAGCUGUGAGUGCAACGGGAACGUGGACCCGGCGCUGUCGCCCAGCGUGUGCCGGCCCGAGAGCGGCGAGUGCAUCGGCUGUCUGUACCACCCCGCCGGCGCCCGCUGCGAGCGCUGCCAGGACGGCUACGUCAGAGACCCCCAGGGCACCAACUGCACCAGGAAAGAAGCCACUCUUGGCCCAGAAAUAAGGGAAUAUACAACUUCUGCUCCAAAUGCCACCAAGGCCACAUCAUUUCCCACGGCAGUGCUGAACAGUACAUUGUCACCAACAACUCUACAGACACUGUUCCCCAUCAGCUCCUCUGACAACAGCACCUCUGCUUUCGCAGAUGUUUCGUGGACUCAGUUUAACAUCAUUAUCUUGACAGUGAUCAUCAUUGUUGUGGUCCUGCUGAUGGGCUUUGUGGGGGCUGUCUACAUGUACCGUGAGUAUCAGAACAGAAAGCUUAAUGCUCCUUUUUGGACCAUUGAACUCAAGGAGGACAACAUCAGUUUCAGCAGCUACCACGACAGCAUCCCCAACGCCGACGUGUCGGGGCUGCUGGAGGACGACGGCAACGAGGUGGCACCGAACGGACAGCUGACGCUGACCACUCCCAUGCAUAAUUACAAAGCUUAGAAGUGAUCCAGCUGUUCAGAGUUGGCUGCUAAAGAGUUACAGGGCUUGUGGAAGGGGUGUGAGGACCCGUGCCAGGCUCCACGCAGAGGAAUUUGCUCUUCAGAUACUCUCGUGCUGGGCGUGCUGUAGCUUGCGGGUGAUCAGGAAACAGUGUAGUACAUCCGAGUUUCAGGUAACGUGGUGAAGUGUGUUCAGUGUCCUGUUCUCCAUAAAGAUCCAUAGCAUUCACUGUUGGUAAAUCUUAACUGUGCUGCUCUGAAAACACUUCUUUUCUGAAGAGGUGGUGGGGUGGAAAGAGCAGAGCCCCAAGAGGAAUCAGAAGCUACUCGGUUUCCAGCCAACACAACACUUGUGUCUGCAGCCUUUAGUUCGAGAAGUAGCUCAUAAAUUAACAGUGGAUUUUCAGGAAAUAGACCUUUGGAAAGGCAUCAUGUUAGUUCCUGAUAUAAAUUUGUUUGAAAAGGGGAACAAAAAGAAAGGCAAAUAGUAGUUCACUGUACUACCAAAAGGCAAGUAGAGGAGUGAGUUGCACACUUGAAAAAUGUCACCAUUAUCUGUUUCCACUAAGCAGGGAGACAGGAAAAAAAAUCAUUGAAACAUUGGAGUUAGGGAAGAGACUAAGCUCUUCCCUUUCUGAGUAUUUAUACAGGGUGAUGAUGCUAUGAAAACAUAGCAAUCCAUUUUUUUCUAGAAGGAGUUAAUGAACUUGUAUAGUUUCUGUGCAAGGGAAGACGACAAGACAUCUCAGGGUUGCCGUGUAAAAAGAAAAGCCAGGCUUAAUACCUACCCUGAUAGAAACGGUGUGUUUGUAUAUAAAAUGUAAUAUAUCU